CAAGUUCAUGCUCUUUUGUUUACAUGAAGGAGGCAGACCGGCCGGCCACUCAGCUGAUAAUAAUAAUAAUAAUAGUGAAUAUACAGACGUGAGGACCAGGAGGAGGACGACCCACGAAGCGACACAGGCCGAAGGAAGAAGAGGAAGUCAGAGAUAGAGGAAAAAUAAAUACAUACCACUUCUAAUCACCAUGUCAGCUGCCAACGGGGCCAAGAAACUCCUGCAGAAGGUCAUGAAGGCAACCAUCGAGGCGGGCGGUUACGAUACGCAGUUAACCAAGCUCUGUUUGGUGUCGGCUGGCCAGGGACGCUGCUCAGCCACAGUGAAGGUAGACAAGGAGCACACCAACCGCACCGGAAACCUUCACGGCGGCUUCACAGCAACGCUUGUGGAUGCAGUUUCCACCUUGGCGCUCAUGACAGCCGAGGGCGGCUCCCCAGGGGUCUCCGUCAACAUGAAUAUAUCGUACAUGAAGAGUGCCAAAAUAGGGGAGGAAAUCCUGAUCAACGCGGAGACCCUCAAGCUGGGCAAGACCAUGGCCUUCCUGGACGUGGACAUAACCAACAAGGACACGGGGGCGCUGGUGGCCAAGGGCAGCCACACGAAGUUUGUUGGAUGAAAUUAGGUUGAAACGGUAGCUUUUGCCACUUGUACAUAAUGUGCUAUAUGAAAUAAGUUUUAUGAUGCAAAAUAUCAGCAGAAAAUGUGAGUUCAUGCAAUGUUUAAAUAUGACAGUACAACACCCUUUCAGUGCCUUUCCUUUCUCUCAUUCACAACCUGAAGAACCAAGAGAUUAAGGCAGGAGACAUUCAGUUGUUAGUGUAAGUGACGAUUAAUGUUAUUAAUCAUCAUUCGGAUCAUUCCUACAUCCUCAUUAUUAUAAUAAGUAGUAGUAGUAGUCAUAGUUGUAGUUAUAGUAGUAAUAGUAGUAGUAGUAGUAACCAUAUCUGGUGUCAAUCAACACUGGCAUGCUGAAAACUUCUGCUUUCAAUUGCAGAAUUUUCCAACUUACCAGUAAUGUAGAACAUUUUAAAAAUCCAGGUUAUUGAAUUGAGAUAGGUUUUUAGGAAAAGGUUUUGGGUUUUUUUAGGCUUUUGUUUAAUUUUUUGGGGGUGUUGUCUGGCCAAACAGAGGGAUUUACUCUUAAGCAUCUUGUACGGGUAGAUAUUGAUCAUGAUGAUGAUGAUGAUAUAAAAGUAACAGCAUGC